UGGAAUUAAAUUUUUCCCGCGAACCACGGCGGGCCUCAGCCCACCUGCCCCAUCAACCACCACCAUUUUAGCUCACACUUCAAAAUCCACAAUCUCCAGAUCUCACCCUUUCUUUAUCCAUCUCUUUAUCCUCCCUUUCUUCACACAGUUUAUUUGUCGGAAGCCAGUAACACCUACUCAUGUCCACAGCGAAUCCGCCGGUUUCGUCAACCGGCGUCGGCGUCGGCCUCGGUUACGGCAUAGCCAUUGCCGUUAGCAUCCUAGUACUGAUCUCCACAAUCAUGCUCGCUUCCUACGCUUGCGUGAGAGUUAAAGCCAGUGGAAACAACAACAAUCGAAGUAGCCGGGGUAGCAACAGCGACGACACGAAUGGUGGCAUUGCCGACGAGGAAUCUAUGGAAAUUGCUACGGUGGUGUUAGGACUCGACGGUCCGAUCAUCGAGUCAUAUCAGAAGAUCAUAUUAGGCGAGAGCCGGCGGCUGCCGGGGCCGAACGACGGGCCAUGUUGCAUUUGCUUGACGGAGUAUGAAGCUAAGGAUCAGAUACGGUGCAUACCAGAUUGCAAUCAUUGUUUCCACGUUGUCUGUAUUGAUGGCUGGCUGCGGAUGAACGCAACUUGUCCUUUAUGUCGGAAUUCGCCGGCUCCUUCUCGGGGUCCCACACCUUCGGCUACCCCUUUGUCAGCAUUGGUACCUUUAGCCGUUCAUGGUAGAUGAUU